AUAUGCGCAGUCAACCACUCUAUCCAUUCUGAUGAUUACAGCACGUGAUAGCUCAAACACGUGAAUUCCUUUGUCAGCGGCAAAUUGUUAAGAUUUUGAUCUCCAAUGUAACAUUUUUAACCGGUCAGCCAAAGAUAUUAAUGCCAGGCUUAGUUUAAUAACAUAAUUAAACACCAUACACUUUCAGUAUGACUGAGCCUAACGUUAAUUGUAUCUGGGAUAUAUUGCAGCUCUGAAAGCCAUGGCCGACCAAGGCUCAUCGGCGGGUAAAAUAGCAGGCGGCAUUGUCGGGGCCCUUCUCCUAGUGGCUGUUGUUGUUGUCGUCGUCAUCCUAUACAGGAGGCGCAGCUCGUCAGCCAGCAGUGACAGGCCGUUAGGUUUGUCCAGGAACCAGGCAGAUAGACCGGAAAACCACGCUAUUGGCAUGGAAAACAGAGGGCUCCAUGCAGAUAAUGUACCAGUUCAGAUGAAUGAAGCAGAUGAGGCUCUACCCUAUGAGAAUCUAUUCACAACUGUCGUGUCUGCGGACGAGUUUUGGGAAUAUUAUCACAGGAAAAAAGCCUCUGAUGGAUUCAGCGCCGAAUACGCUAAAUUUCCUGCGGGGUUACAGGCAAAGCACGACGUGGCAGAUCUGCCGUGCAACAAAAUCAAGAGUCGAUACAAAAAUCUAGUAGCAUGUGAGCAUUUUCUGUUCUGUCGUUCAUAA